CGAGCCCUUUGGGCAGGCUUGCUGCGGGGAGGAAGGGAAGCCGGGAAGGGGCUCUGGGCCCCGGGAAGAUGCGGGGCCUGGCCCUUGGCGCGGUGUGGGGGCCGCGAUCCGGCAGGACACAGGCGCGAGCCGGGCGGGGCGCGGCCGGGGUGGAAAGGCCCCUGUGGGGGGCGGCUGCGGGCGCCCGGCGCUGCCCGGCCUCGGAGCGGCUGCAGACGCGCCCUUUGUCUCGUUGUCGCAUCGCACGUUACGGAUUGUGAUGGGCACUGUUAAGAAAAAUGAGAAUUGCCACAGGCUAAGAAAUAUCAAGUGGUUUCACCCCCCGAAAAAAGAGGGAGUCACUCCACGAUGCAGAUUUGAGGGAAUGAUGUGUGUGAUUUUCCCCCCGGCCGGCUCGGUCAUGGCAGCUGCGGUUGUUUGCGUUCUACAAAAGACCCCACAGCGGUAGAGAGAGCAAACUUGUUAAACAUGGCGAAGCUGAGCAUCAAAGGACUCAUUGAGUCUGCCCUCAGCUUUGGCCGCACUUUGGACUCUGACUACCCCCCCUUGCAGCAGUUCUUCGUUGUUAUGGAGCAUUGUCUGAAACACGGGCUUAAAGUAAGAAAAUCAUUUUUGAGUUAUAACAAAACUAUCUGGGGCCCUUUGGAACUGGUGGAGAAGCUGUACCCAGAAGCAGAGGAAAUAGGAGCCAGUGUCCGGGAUUUACCUGGUCUUAAGACCCCCCUGGGUCGUGCAAGAGCAUGGCUUCGAUUAGCCCUCAUGCAAAAAAAAAUGGCUGAUUACCUGCGUUGCUUAAUUAUUCAAAGAGAUCUCUUGAGUGAAUUCUAUGAGUAUCAUGCACUAAUGAUGGAAGAAGAAGGAGCAGUAAUUGUUGGGCUGCUGGUUGGCCUGAAUGUGAUAGAUGCUAAUCUGUGUGUAAAGGGAGAGGAUUUAGACUCACAAGUUGGAGUGAUUGAUUUUUCCAUGUAUUUAAAGAAUGAAGAAGAUAUUGGAAAUAAAGAAAGGAAUGUUCAAAUUGCUGCCAUAUUAGACCAGAAGAAUUAUGUUGAAGAAUUAAAUAGACAACUGAACAGCACAGUCAGCAGUCUCCAUUCAAGAGUUGACUCAUUAGAAAAGUCAAAUACUAAGCUGAUUGAAGAGUUAGCAAUAGCAAAGAACAAUAUCAUUAAACUCCAAGAAGAAAAUCAUCAAUUACGAAGUGAAAAUAAAUUGAUUUUAAUGAAAACACAGCAGCACCUAGAGGUUACCAAAGUGGAUGUGGAAGCUGAGCUUCAAACAUACAAGCAUUCUCGGCAGGGCCUGGAUGACAUGUACAAUGAGGCGAGAAGGCAGCUGCGAGAUGAAUCUCAGUUACGACAGGAUGUGGAGAAUGAGCUAGCAGUACAAGUUAGUAUGAAACAUGAGAUUGAACUUGCCAUGAAGUUGUUGGAGAAAGACAUCCAUGAGAAACAAGAUACUCUGAUAGGCCUUCGACAACAACUAGAGGAAGUUAAAGCAAUUAACAUAGAGAUGUAUCAAAAGUUGCAGGGUUCUGAGGAUGGUUUGAAAGAAAAAAAUGAAAUAAUUGCCCGACUAGAAGAAAAAACCAAUAAAAUUACGGCAGCCAUGAGGCAGCUGGAGCAAAGAUUGCAGCAAGCUGAGAAGGCGCAAAUGGAAGCUGAAGAUGAGGACAACAAAUAUCUCCAGGAAUGUCAGAGUAAAUCCGACAGUCUGCAGAAACAGAUCUCCCAAAAGGAGAAACAGCUGUUGCAAUUGGAAACUGAUUUGAAGAUUGAGAAGGAAUGGAGGCAGACUUUGCAGGAAGAUCUUCAAAAGGAGAAAGAUGCCUUAUCUCAUCUUAGAAAUGAGACCCAACAAAUCAUUACUCUUAAAAAAGAGUUCCUUAACCUUCAGGAUGAAAAUCAGCAGUUGAAAAAAAUAUAUCAUGAACAGGAGCAAGCUCUUCAAGAACUUGGGAACAAACUUAGCGAAUCAAAACUUAAAAUAGAAGAUAUAAAAGAAGCCAAUAAAGCAUUGCAGGGACUGGUUUGGUUGAAAGACAAAGAAGCAACACAUUGUAAACUUUGUGAAAAGGAAUUCUCACUGUCUAAGAGAAAGCACCACUGUAGAAACUGUGGGGAAAUUUUCUGUAAUGCUUGCUCUGACAACGAACUGCCUUUGCCUUCUUCACCAAAGCCAGUACGGGUUUGUGAUUCCUGUCAUGCAUUGCUGAUUCAGAGCUGCUCAUCUAAUUUGCCCUAAGGCUCCAGAAUGAAAUCCUUAUGUAUGAAAGCAUAUGCCUACAGUGAAUGUUAUGAAUGUGUGUAUACAACAUAUCCAGACAGCCCUUCUUAAGCAGCUUUCAGACAGUACUGGUACCAGUUUUAUCUUCCACAUAUUCAACUCAUGGGAAUUAUAAGUUGUAUAAUUUGAUAUUUCCUUCCCCAUUGUUACUCAAAAAGAAUUUUAAACGGGACAUGCUUUAAAUUAACUUUAGCCUAACUCCUAAUUGAUGUAAUCAUCAUCUUAAAAUGCCAUUCAAAGGCCAGAGAGCAUAGCUAACACAUUUGCCUUAUUUUGUAAAGGCCUUCUGAAAAAUAGGGCUUCAGAUUGUUUUAUUCUCCAGAUGGUCAUGUUGUUAUUUGAUGGUGCCUGUAACUUUCUUAACGCACUUUAAAGCUUCUCAGUUCUCAGAGAAAGAUGAGAAAUGCACAGAACUUUUUACAAGUUUUAAUAUUCCAAUUCAACAGAUUUUUCAUUAGCUUGAUAAGAUUUCAACAACCUGACUAUAUUUAUUUGCCCUUUCUCCUCCGCUUCCUUUGCCGAUUUUUGCAUUAGAAAAGGCCAAUAUUUUAUCCUAGAAAAUUCCCUUUUGGUCUUCUUCCUCUAAAAUCAAUGUUGUACUUGCUGAUGCAGUCACGCAUCACUUAGCGAUGGGGCUAUAUUCUGAGAAAUGCGUCACUAGGCAAUUUCACUGUCAAGUGAACAUCAGGUAUACUUAUGGCAACCUAGAUGGUACAGCCUACUAUACACCUAGGCUAUCUGGUAUUAAUCUUAUGUGCCAACAAAAGAUAUGCAGUCUGUCAUUGACAGGAUGCGAGUCCAAAAGUAUUGGUGCAUCUGUGGCUUCUAAUUUUAUUUAUGUGCUUUUACGUGGCACAUUACUAUACAUUUUAUAUACAGAGGGUUAAAGAGAGAUUAUUUUGCCUCAACUUUUUCCUUAUUAUUUUGAAAGGAAGUUAAACCAUCAUCCUUUUACGUCAAGUUACUUGCGGAUCUUUCCAUAUGCCACGUGAUAAAUUGCUAAAUUUUUUUAGGGAGGGCUCACACCCCUUUUGAAAGCUGAAGACAUAAAUCCUUCCCCAGAAAAAUAGUAGUAACGGGAUCACAGGCUCACUGAUUCUCCUCUAAGCAUUAAAAGAGAAAUCUAAAAUGCAGUUAAACUUUGCCUUUGAUAUGACAGACUUAAUUUAGGAAAUUUUGUAUUAUAUUUCUAUUCCAGUAACUUUCAGGAAAUGUUACGUUGUAGUGGUCUACCACUGCAGUGUAAGUAGAGAGUAAAAAACUCACCAUAUAGUGAGCACCUCUAAACCAGGGUCUUGAACAGAUGAAGAUGUGGUCUCAGCCCUGCCAUGAAAAACAUACUUGAACUCUUUCAAGCAUGACUCAAUAUUUAACACUAAUCCCGUUAAUACUGUUUAUAGCAUACCAAGAAUUUAACCUGUAAAAAGUAAGUUACGUUUGUAUAAUUAAUCAUUUGAAUAGCAUCACUACUUGGGAUCCUACAAUUGUUUUUGUAAUUGUCUAAUUUCAGCCAUGCACUUUUAAGUCUGUGGAGCUUUCAAACACAUCAUUAUAGGAAUUGUACAUUUCUCCUAAGAGCAUUAUAUUUAGUGAAUUAAUCAUGGCUAUGCCCUUCCCCCUAAAAUGGCACUUCUUCUGCAGGAUCCUUUCCUCCAUUAAUGUUUAAAAUUAUUUAGUUUCCAAUUGCCAAAGUAUGAAACCAAUACUUUACUUGAAGAUUUUCUUCAUAAUCCAGUCAGCUUUUGAGAUCUUCAGUUAGAAGUGACAUACAGAUUUAGAUGGUCUUUCUUGAAUGCUCUGAUAGAAAUGUUCUCAAGAGAUAUGAAUUAUAUUCUUGAACUGUUUUGUAUUGCUGGUAUGGAUUAACAUUUUUAUGAUUGCUGAAAAUAAUCAAAAAUGACAAAUUUCGAAUACUAGGUGUUUUUUAUUACUGUGCUUAGAACAAAUUUUUAAAAUGUGGUUUUGCUUAAAUUCCAAGGCUGGUUUCAUUCAACAAAUCAUGAUUUCUAGUCAUUUAAAUUCUUUUCUGUUCAAAACUGAUGUAUUGCCAUUGAGUUGGGCUUUCUGGAGGCAAGAUUUUAUGACAGCAAUACAACUUAUUCCGUUUAGUUUGGGCUCUUAUUUAAAAACUAUUUAUACUAAUUUAGGAUUUUAUGUUACAAAACUGUCAAUUUUCUACCUUGAGAUUGCGAACCUAUACUCUUACUUUUCAAGAUUUGCCCCCUCACAGAAAGUAUUUAUCUUAAUAAACUUCACAUACCAUUCCCUCAUCUAGCCAGUACUACCACAAUAAUGCUAUCAUGGUGCCAAGGAAUUGUGAUUGUAAUUCUUCUACCCUGCAAUGUUUUAUAAACCAAAUAAAAGAUUUGAAAAACUA